GGUCCAAAUCACCUCCAUAUAAUCCCCUCUCUCUCCUCUUAGGGUUUCAGACAUACCCUUUUCCUACAUUCUCUCUCAGACAUCCCCUUCUCUCUCCCUCUCUCGAUAUACACACUGACUCUGUAUCUAUCUCCAAAUACUCCUCCCUAUUUUCUUGAUUUCUGGGUUGAAUCUUCACGCAUACAAGUCCUCUUGAGUUUUCAUUCACUUGAUCAAUAUCAAGUGGUUCUUUUUUCAAUUGGGUAGUUUUGUUUCUCAAAAAGAUUGUACCUUUUUCAUCAUAAAUCUUGUAUUGAAGUCAAGACUAGUGUUCUUGACUCUAAGUUUGAAUCUUUUCUCAUCUUUCAUGCUUUUCAGCUUGUGGGUUUAUCAUAUUAUAUUAUUACCUUCAUGGGUUUAUAUCUCUUCUUGAUUUCUUAAACCCAUUUGUGUUUUAUAGCUUUUGAAAGUUUGAGUCUUUAGUCCAAUUGGGGUUUUGUUAAAGUCUUUGAGUUUGAGACUUUCAGUUUUUUUCUUAGGGUUUUGAUUUUCAUGUGAAAAAUGCCAGCAGCAGAUUUUCAAGGCUCAUCAGCAUCUCAUACUGCCCGUUCAUUCUUGAGUUUACGCCGUGAUCAGGUCCAUUCGAUGGAUUCAAAUGAGCCCACCAUUCUAUCACAAGAGCUUGAGACUUUCCAGAGACAUGUAGCUGAUUUUCUAGCAGAUUUGUCAUCUGCUAGUUCAGGUGAUCUUUUGUCACUUUCUUGGAUACAGAAGCUUUUAGAUGUUUUCCUUGUUUGCCAAGAGGAGUUUAGAGCAUUAUUGUCUGGUUGUAAAGAGGAAUUGAAUAGGCAGCCUAUGAAUCGAUUGAUUAAUGAAUAUUUCGAUAGAAGUGUGAAAGCUUUAGAUGUUUGUAAUGCUAUUCGUGACGGUAUUGAGCAGAUCAGGCAAUGGCAAAUGCAGUUGGAGAUUUUGCUGUGUGCUUUAGAUGGUCAAAAAAGUCUUGGAGAAGGUCAGUUCCGUCGUGCUAAGAAGGCUUUGAUUGAUUUGGCCAUUGGAAUGCUUGAUGAGAAAGAGUCUAAUUCUGUUAUUUCUCAAAGAAACCGGUCAUUUGGGCGUAGUGGAAUUAACAGGGAGCACAGAUCAAUGGAGAAUCAUCGAUCCUUGUCUUGGAGUGUUUCGAGGUCAUGGUCAGCUGCUAGGCAGUUGCAAGCUAUUGGUAAUAAUUUAAUUGCUCCGAGGCCUAAUGACAUAUUGGCUACUAAUGGACUUGCGGUUGCUGUUUAUACGAUGAAUUAUGUGCUAUAUUUUGUAAUGUGGGCUCUUGUGGCGGCAAUACCUUGUCAGGACAGAGGUUUACAGACUCAUUUUCAUGUCACUAGGCAGUUCAUAUGGGCUGGUCCAGUUCUUGCACUUCAUGAGAAGAUUUUGGAAGAAUCAAAGAAGAGGGACAGAAGAAAUGCUACCGGAUUGUUGAAGGAAAUUCACGAAAUUGAGAAAUGUGCUCGCCAUAUGAAUGCUCUGGUUGAUUCAGUUAACUUUCCAUUAACUGAGGAGAAAGAUGAAGAGGUGAGACAGAGGAUGAAGGAGGUUAAAAGUGUUUAUGAAGCGAUUAAGCAAAGCUUGAAUCCCAUGGAAAGACAGGUGAGGGAAGUGUUCCACAGGAUUGUUCGAAGUAGAACAGAAUGUCUUGAUUCAAUGGGAAGAGCAAACACAUCUUAAGGAGUGCCUUAAAUAUGUAUUGUUUGGAAAAUUAAAGAUAUGUUUUUGAA